AUGGGGAAACAUUCCGCCGCCGCCGAAGACAAAGAAGAAGACAAAGGAGGAGGAAGAAGAAGAGGAGCAUCAGAAUAUGGAAACAAUAAUAACAAUACUUUAGAGUGUUUAUACUCCGGCGAUCGAACGAAACCAAUCAAAACGAUGAAGGAUAAGUUCGAGUUAUUACCCGCGUUUCUCAAAGUCAGAGGGUUAGUUCGUCAACACAUCGAAUCGUUCGAUUACUUAAUCGACGAGGAGAUCAAGAAGAUUGUCUCCGCCAAGGCGAACAACAAAGUCACGUGCGACUCGGACCCGAACUUUUACUUGAGGUAUAAAAACGUCUCCGUCGGGUCGCCGCAAACGGUGGACGAGAGGAUGGUAAAACAAGAUAUCACGCCGCAACAGUGCAGGUUGAGAGAUAUGACGUACGCGGCACCGGUGAUGGUGGACGUGGAGUAUACGAAAGGGAAGGAUAUUAUUACGACGCACGACGUGUGCAUUGGAAAGAUUCCGCUGAUGUUGAGGAGUUCUCGGUGUUGUUUGAGGAAUAAAGGCGAAGACGAAUUGGCGAGAUUAGGCGAGUGUCCCUUAGAUCCUGGAGGGUAUUUUGUCGUGAAAGGAGUCGAGAAGGUGAUUUUGAUUCAAGAGCAGUUGAGUAAGAACAGAGUGAUUAUCGAACGAGACGCGAAAGGGUUAAUUUGCGCCAGCGUAACUUCAAGCACGCACGAGCGCAAAUCAAAGACGAAUGUCGUGCAGAAAGGAGGCAAAUUGUAUUUAAAACACAACACGUUCCAAGAGGAUAUUCCUAUAGUCAUCGCAUUAAAAGCAAUGGGUUUAGAAAGCGACCAGGAGUUGAUGCAAAAAGCCGCCGGCGGGAGCGAUCCGUUGUGUAUGAGUUUGUUAGCGCCGAGUUUACAAGAGUGUACCGCGUUGGACGUGUUUACGCAAAGCGAGGCAUUGGAAUAUUGCGGGCAAAGGAUUCGCUCCAGUCAGUGGCGUUUGGCUGCGAUUGCUGGAAAGGACGGGAAAGCCGCCGCGGCGGCAGUCGAAGCGAGCGAAGGCCCGACGCCAGGGCAACCGACAACCAUGGGAGUGAAUAACAACGCCAAUAGCAGAGCGAACGCGAAUAAUAAAAACAACAGCAACAACGACGGGAGCGCACCAAUAGGGAAAGAAAAUAAUGUCAACGCGAAUCAUAUCAAUAUAAACAGACGAACGCGUUCGGACGAAGCUAGAGAUAUUUUCGCCGGCGUUGUGUUAGCGCACGUCCCGGUGGAAGAUUACGAUUUUCGAGGGAAAUCGGCGUACGUGUGCGUGAUGAUUCGACGUAUUUUGUUGGCGAAUUUAAAUCCCGAGGAAGUGGACGAUAAAGAUUAUUACGGAAAUAAAAGGCUCGAAUUAGCCGGGCAAUUGUUAGCGCUGCUGUUUGAAGAUUGUUUUAAACGUUUAAACGCGGAUUUAAAGCGCCAAGCGGAUGCGGUUUUAUCAAAAGCCAAUCGCGCGCAGCAGUUUGACGUCGUUAAGUGCAUACGUCAAGAUACUAUUAGCAACGGAUUAGAGCACGCGAUAUCGACUGGAAAUUGGACCGUCAAAAGAUUUCGAAUGGAACGUAAAGGCGUGACUCAGGUUCUCUCUCGUUUGUCCUUCAUAUCCGCGAUUGGGAUGAUGACUCGAAUCACCUCGCAGUUUGAAAAAACUCGUAAAGUGAGUGGUCCUCGAGCGUUACAACCGUCGCAGUGGGGGAUGUUGUGUCCUUCGGAUACUCCGGAAGGCGAAAGUUGCGGGUUGGUGAAAAAUUUAGCGCUCAUGACGCACGUCACCACGGAUUCCGACGAAGAGCCUCUGAUAAAACUCGCGCGCGCGCUCGGUUGCGAACUCCUCGAACACUUAGCCGGCGAAGAGUUGCACCAGAAGGACAGCGCGCUGGUGUUGUUGAACGGUUCCAUACUCGGUUCCGUGUCGCAACCGAAGCAGUUCGCGGAUAAAUUUAGAAAACUGCGUCGGUCGGGUCGCAUUAGCGAGUUUGUAUCUGUCCACGUGACGAAAGGUUUCGUUCACAUAGCUUCGGACGGCGGAAGAGUCUGUCGACCUUUAAUCGUCGUCGACGAAACCACCGGUCGAUUGAAAAUGAAACAAAAACAUCUCGACGCGUUGAAAAACAAAGAGUGGGUAUUUGACGAUUUCUUGAAAAGAGGGUACGUGGAAUACUUAGACGUGAACGAGGAAAACGACGCGUACAUCGCAUUGCACGAGAAGGAUUUAACCGCCGAUGCGCACACGCACUGCGAAAUCGAACCGUUUACGCUUUUAGGCGUCUGCGCCGGGAUCAUUCCGUUUCCACACCACAAUCAAAGUCCAAGAAACACGUACCAGUGCGCAAUGGGUAAACAAGCCAUGGGCAAUUUAGCGUUUAAUCAACUGAACAGAAUGGAUACGUUGAUGUACACGUUGUGUUCGGCGCAAAAGCCGCUGGUAACAACGAAAACGAUCGAGUUGAUUCAAUACGAUCGUUUAGGCGCGGGGCAAAACGCCGUCAUCGCGGUGUUAUCAAACACUGGCUACGACAUUGAAGAUGCGGUAGUGAUAAACCGUGCAUCCUUAGACCGAGGCUUUGGUCGAUGUCAAGUCUCUAGGAAAUACUCGGCAACGAUGAAAAAAUACGCCAAUCGAACGCAAGAUAAAGUGUUGAAACCGUCGAUAACUCAGAUGAAAAAGAUGAAAAACUACCGAGUGUUGGACGACGACGGGUACGCGCAAGUUGGGGUGAGGAUUCGAAACAAAGACAUUUACAUCAACAAGCACAUGCCGUUAAACACUCGAGACCCGAUGACGAAUCCCGAUCAACUCCCCGAUCGCGAGUUUCGUCCAGCUCCGCAAGUCUACCGAGGACCGGAAGUGGACGAGUGCGUCGUGGACAAGGUCAUGCUCACGGUGACUGACGAGAACCAGUUCGUGGUGAAAACGUUGGUGCGUCACACGAGACGGCCAGAGGUUGGCGAUAAAUUCUCCUCUCGCCACGGUCAAAAAGGCGUCGUCGGUGCCAUUUUACCGCAGGAAGAUUUUCCGUGCACCGAACGCGGCAUAUGCCCAGACUUGGUGAUGAACCCGCACGGUUUCCCGUCGCGGAUGACUGUUGGUAAACUCAUCGAGUUACUCGCCGGAAAGGCUGCCUCAGAAGAAGGCACUUUCCGCGACGCCUCUGCGUUUGCCAGCAACGACAUAUCCUCCGCCACCGCCGCCGGGACGACGAACAAGAACGAGUCCGUCGACGAAAUCGGCGAAGCUUUACUCAAAGCCGGCUACGCUUCGGACGGUAAGGAAACCUUAAUCUGUGGUCUCACCGGCGAAUACCUCCAAGCGAGAAUUUUCACCGGUCCAGUCUAUUACCAAAAGCUCAAACACAUGGUCCUGGACAAAAUGCACGCGCGCGCUCGAGGUCCACGCGUCGUUCUCACGAGACAACCCACGGAAGGUCGCGCCCGCCAAGGCGGUUUACGCCUCGGCGAAAUGGAACGCGACUGCUUAAUCGGCUACGGCGCUUCCGCGUUAGUUCUCGAACGUCUCAUGAUUUCCGCCGACGUCUUCGACGCGCAAGUCUGCGUCACGUGCGGUUUACUCGCGUACCGAGACAAAGCGAGCGGGAGGGACUGUUGUCACAGCUGCGGCAUAAAAGCCGAAGUCGCCACGUUGAAAGUCCCGUACGCGUGUAAGUUGUUGUUUCAGGAAUUGCAAAGCAUGAACAUCUGUCCGAGAAUUGCACUCGACGAAGCUUAA